AUGGAGCAGCUCACCCCUCUGGCAGAUUUGCUUCCUCUGGAUCUCCUGUCUUUUGUCCUCGAGAGGGACACCUCCAAACUUGUGCCCGGGGUGCACAUGAAGCAGGCUGGAGGGGUGAGGGGUGUACAUUUCUCCAGCCCUCAUACUGUCUUGAGCUUUCCCUCCUCCCAGCUGCUGGUGAAUUGUGACCUCUUCCCAAAAGAAUUCUCCAUUGUUGUGACUCUAAAAGUCACUCACGCUGCAUCCACGAGGAAUGAAUACAUCUUUUCACUGAUGGAACCAAAAACAGAACAUGGACGGAUCAUCCUGGGACUGAGGUUUUCGAGAAAAUAUCUGCACUUCCUUUUUAAAGGUCACGGAGGGGUCGUAGAGCACUGGGUGUUUCGAGGCACCCAACUGGCUGAUAACCAGUGGCACACUCUGGUUUUAACCAUUGGUAGUCGCGUGAGGCUCACAGUGGACUGUAACUCACCAGUGGAAAUCGUUCCCUCCACGCCUUUCCCUUCAGACCUUAACAUUCAGGGAUCCAGAUUCCACAUUGGCAGUCGGGGGAGAUGGAAAGGCUUGUUUUCAGGCCUGCUGCGACAGCUGGUUUUGGUUCCAGGUUCGGAUGCCACCCGUCAGAUUUGCCCCUCUUCCGACCCCCAACUAGCAGCUCUGUCGGUACCACCGCUUCUCUUAGACCUGCCUGUGAUGGGGAGGGAUGGUGAAAGCCAUGAAACGGAGGAGCCAGUGUCAGUGGGGUUGGAGCGCUCCUGCUCAGAGUUGCAACAAGGCCAGCUGUGGUUCAACCCGCUCAGGAAAGGCCUCUACCUCUGCGACGGUACAGCGUGGAUCACUGUACUAGAGGAUCACAAAAGACUGGACUAUGUAUCUGAACAUCAGGUCCUAACCACCAGCUCAGAGACACAUGAUGUGGAGGUUUUCCAGGUACCUGGCAUGGGUCUGAUGGCUGCCAUGGCUCACCGCUCCAAAGCCUCCGGCUCUGCUGUGUAUCUGUGGACCCACUCAGGAUUCAAGCUCUACCAGAAUAUUACUACCCAUGAAGCCCUGGUUUGGAGACACUUCAACAUGGGAAAGAAAACAUAUCUGGUGGUGUCUAACUCUGGGGGAGGGCCACACAAUCGUUUUAACAAAGAGUCAGAGAUGGACUUUUCUGUGAUUUACAAGUGGAGCAAGAAAAGAAAAAAGUUUGUGCGGUUCCAGUCUCUGCAGACCUACUGUGCCCGCGACUGGGAAGCCUUUAACAUCAAUCGACAAACCUAUCUCGCUGUGGCCAAUCAUAGACAAGGUAAUAAUAAUCACACGAUAGACAGUGUGAUAUACAGGUGGAACAGAUUAACAAAGUCUUUUGAGGUUCACCAGAUGCUGCCAACCUCAGGGGCCUAUGACUGGGAGUUCUUCACUGUCGGACCAUACCAUUUCCUGGUGGUUGCAAAUGCUUUCGAUGGAGUGACCACUUCUGUAGACUCUGUCAUCUAUGUUUGGAUCAAUGGAAGCUUCCAGGUGUUCCAGACAAUUAAGACAUUUUGCGCCACAGACUGGGAAAUGUUUCAGAUUGGUGGCAGAGUCUUCUUGGUUGUUGCCAAUGGACACAGACUCCAUGGUAACGGACCAAGUCGAUACGCCAUCAACUCCACUAUCUAUGAGCUUGACAUGAAUGGACAGCUAUUUGUCCGCUUCCAGGACAUUGUCACCUACAGUGCAGUGGACUGGGAGUUCUUCAGCCUCGGGGAGGAACAUUUUCUGGUUGUCGCUAACUCCUUUAACGGAGAAUCCUACUCUCUCAACAGCAUUCUCUACAGAUGGCAGGGAUAUGAAGGCUUUGUUCCUGUUCAUUGGCUCCCAACCAUUGGGUGCAGUGACUGGGAGUUUUUCAGCUUUAAAGGAGAAUCAUAUCUGAUCUACUCUAGUGCCAAAGCACCUCUCUCCAAAGUGUUCAAACUGAAAACCUAUUAG